AUGUUUGCGCCAGGGUCAGGAGGCCAGGCUGCCAGUUCCCUGCGCAGCUCGCGAAGACGCCAGAGAACAAGUCUCGAAGAUUCCGUGAAGCCCCCAGCUGCUAAACGUCAGCGAUCCUCCUUACGACGAGAGCCCAAACAACCUGCAGCCGACAAAAAUGUCACCACCGCCCAAGAGUAUGGCAACAAGCCAAGCGCUGUUACCAGAGACUACGGAGUUGAGACAGGCCCCCAGAAAGAACGGAGUCUUGCAAUUCGAAGCUCAGAGAAGACCAGCAAAGCAACGUCUCAGACUGAUCACGCUGUUGUCCUGUCUUCCAACGAUUACUACACCGUCACACAACUUCCAUCUGGGUCAGAUCAACCUGGAGAGACAAUUUCUGGUCCUACAAGAUGCAUAUUCAAUUCCGAGAGCGGCUUUGCACUUUUGCUAAGCCAGUCACGAGCUUUGGUCUGGCCAUACCACACUAACGUGCCUUCACCAGGCGGUGGUGGGCUUCUGUCGGUAUCGUUGUCGGAGUGGUGUACCAACGAUGGGGAAGCCCUGAUGGGAACACUAAUAUCAAACGCUACCUGUACAGUGCCAGGACUCUUCAUCAUAGUACCCGCUACCGGUAAAAUGAUAUACUGGGAAACUGCCUCAAAUGCGACGUUCAUGGGUAUUGCCAAACAAAAACAGAGCGGUCUUCAGGGAUCAAUUACCGGCCUAUUCUAUGGUGAGAAAGUUACCGAUGUUAUAAAUGCCGAGCCAGCUGGGGUUAUUACAACGUUUUCUAGUGGGAGGGUCGCGCAAAUCACAUUCCGAGACCCCCAAGGGAAACCCGCUUUGUCUGUGAAUUUUUUCCAGAGUACAGCCAAACUUGGGGCGGGGGGACUUUUCUUUGGUAUCCGAAGCGUUUUGGGAAGCUCGGCGUGGCGCAAAGAUAUCGCUGCAGUCAAGGCUGGGAACUCAUUGUUUCGAGGCCAACGAGAUAUUAUUGUUCUUUCCACAUCCGGCCUGCUUGAGAUCUGGGACUCUCACUGGAAUGGCGUCAAUAAAAUCCGCGCUGAGGUCGAUUUGCAAAAAGAAAUAUGCUCGUACUUGGGCUUUGAAUCUAACGGGAAACCUGAAAACUGCCUCAAAGUACACGAUUUCGUGGCUACUUACAGAGAGGCCAAGUCACCUUCCAAUUCUGAGGAACAGCAUAAUGAAACGUCUCUGUUUAUUCUGAUCGAUAUAUCUCGCAAUACGCCUGCGAAGAGUCUCGCUGUUAUCAAGGCACGGAUACAAAAUGACAACUUUGAAGUCCUCUCUUUGAACACUCUGGAGAAUAUGACACUCGCUCAAGGCUUUGAGAAACAGAGACCCAGGCUACACGUAGUGGAGCCUUGGGAAACAGCUUUCAUUCUCAUGGGACGGAAAUUGUUCAUCAUGUCACUCCAGGAGAUAGAGGCAUCCCCUUCUGCUCAACUUCUGAAUGGCAUUGUCCCGAAACCUUUUCAAGAUCGGCUUCAGUUCCAGGAAGGUGACAAGUACGAGAUACUUGGAAUUGGGUCCGAGGAAACGUCUUCAGAAACACAAACCCCUGGGUGUAACGUUAUGAUUCGUGGCUUUGGCCUAAUUGGUAUUUCUGCUACAUCACCAGGAUCGGAUACUACCGAGUAUGUCCGCGUUACCGCUAAGCAGAAACUUGAGCAAGCUGUGUUCUUUGGAACAAUGUCGAAUACCCCGCUUAGUUUUAGCAGUGACGGCGAACCGGCAUUUGCACUUGAGGAGUACGAGCAGGCGGCAUUAGAAAUCUGUAAUGAUAUUCUUCGUUCCACUUCCCAAUAUAUUCCUCGUGCAGGGAUAUCACUAGACCAAACUUUGCGCCGACGAUCAAAAGCCUUGGGUGAUCUGGCGACCGAACUAAUCCGUCGAAGACUACCGUUGUCGAAAACUGUACGGUGGGAGUUGAUGUGGGCUGGCGAAAAGCUAGCCGCUCAACGGUCUAUGUGGAAUUUGGAGGAAAAUUUUCGAGAACGAUGGGCUUCUGAGACCUUUCUCUCUCGGGUUAUAAGCCUGAUGACCGACAAAUACAAGACUGAGUACGUGCCUUCUCAUAAUGACAAGCAAAAUGAUCAUGUGCGCCAGUGGUUCGACUGCGAUACAUUUCAGAUGCAACACAUUAUUCCAUGGAUAUUCAAUGCGAUCCGUGGAUUAAAAGGACCAUCUGCUCGCUCCAGUCCCGAGUUUCUCUCCCAAGUAUACCAAGCUAGCGAGUUGUCACUCACGGUUCUCGAGGGGGCCUACAAAUUCAGAGAAGACCAUGCGCUGCAAUACGGUUUUGCCGAGGAGGACUUUGAUAAUGGGGUGUUGCUAGGAUCGUAUUCUGAUAUACCUGAAUUCUGGACGUCGGAAAACAUGGUGUACAAUGAAACCCUUCAUAUGUUAGAUUUCGAACUUGAAAGUUCAAGAUGGGUUCACCAAUCAGUAUCUGAUACGUCUGCAGAAGAUCAUGACAUGAUAGCGAGUAUUGGGGAAAAUAGUUGCCGCAGGCUUCGCGUUCUCAAUAUGAUGCUCACCGAGAGGGUUCGCUGGCUAAAUGCGCAGAAUGACCCAAAGUUUGCAGAUGAAGCCAUCGCACUGAAAGAUUCAAGUGUCAAACAACGAAAGUGGCAACUAUACAAGAUGGGUGGAAUCGGUCAGCUUCAAGGGGCAAUUGACCUGGCAGAGGAGUUCCGUGAUCUAGAAGCACUGGUCGAACUCAUGGUAGAGCUCCAGUACCUGGUCAGAAACAAAAGUAGCCCGGUAGAAACAUCAAUCACUAUUAACUCAUCGGGUGUGCGUGAUGAAUCCGGGUACAAACAAAAGAUCGCGAGUUAUUUCGAUCACUUUGGCGAGCCAUUCGCGGACGCCUUCUUCUCGCGGUAUAUCGGCAUUCACCAACCUGGUGUUUUGUUGACAAUGAAGGAUUUUCAGAACCAUCUCACCAGAUUCUUGAGAAAGAGACCUUCAUAUGCCCCAUUGUCUUGGAUCAAUGACAUCGUUGGAGAGGGCGACUAUCAAACAGCAUCAUCUGCUCUCGAACAGCUUGCCCUUGAUCAUGAUGAUAAUUUAUGGGAUCAGCGGGUUCAACUCUCUUUAGCAAAGUUGACGAGACUGGCCUCUUUGGAAGAGAGCAAUGUGAGCGACGAUGCAACGCCUACCAAGCUACAGGAGCUUGAUGACAAAUUAGAAAUAGGCAAUUUACAAGAGCGUCUAUAUGAACAUGUGUUGCCGGCUUUACAUAGUGCAAUCGAUGAAAAGGCGGAGGUGGAACUAGCAAUGGAUCAAUUUGGAGGCCGCGUCACCGAUCAGCCUGCACUCAAGGAUCUUCUUGAGGAGUUACUGACACGAUUGAUACGCCGACAACCCCUUGAUGCCGAACAACUCAUCAAUAUCUUAACGUUGAUUGACGACGUGCGUUUCUUAGAAGGAGACGAGAGCUCAGUCUCUGGGCGCGAAUUUUACAAUGCUCUUCGAGUACUCCGCCUAAGUGGUUACGCAUCAAGCGAUCCUGUUAAAUACGAUUUCUUAGAGAGGUUGAUCUGGAGGAGAUGCUUCAUACGAGACGAUUGGCACAGCAUUUCAAAAACCGAAUUUCGCUCAGACGAUAAGAAUAGAUCUCUAUUUCUGAACACAACGCUCGCAAGGACCUUGCUUGCUUGUGUUGAGGAUGGUAAGUUAGGCUUGUCGCAAUCUUACACCAUUUCUCAACCAAAAGCUUACAAGACGACAGAAACUGAAGAGAAUCGAGGUCGAGGAGAGCUAUACCCCGUUCCGAAUAUAUCCGACGUUCUGAGUCUUGGGUCCUUAGAGCUUAUUAGAAGUCGCUUCCGACCUGAGCAGUGGCCUCAUAUUGAGCGUGACCUUCGAACUGAAGUCGAUUCAUUGGAGCGCCUCCUGGAAGGUACAAACCUGAAAGAGUGGCUUUCAGGUCUUUUGUUGCAUGCUGAGGAAGAGUUUGGGGGGACUAACGUGAAGGGGGAAAGGUUGGUACCGGAGUCAACAAAGGCAAAGUUUAGCUGGGUGUAG